GUUAUCAUACCAGCACCAAAUGCCGCCAUGACAGUACCACUCACCGACCGGGCGACCUUGUCAACCUGGCUGAAAAAUGAGCUUUCCCCAAACUCUCGAACUUUGUUGGAAAGCGAAGGAUUUUGGACCCCUAGCGUUGAUCUCAGCCAGAUUUUUGACUAUCUCUCAAGAAGGCAGUCCGAUCUAUACUCCGCCGAUUCGACUAGGCGACUGGCCCACGCGGAGUUGAGCUGGGCUGCUCUAGGAUGGGCUGAUGCGGACAAACAAGACCUUUCCGUGGAUAUCAGAGAGUAUCUUGAAUCCUUGAUAUCAAGGCUCAUCGAGGAAAGGCUAGAUAUUGAGGUGGAUGACAACAUUUUAUGCGCGGUGUUUGGCACAGUGGGGCGGGCAGUACCCUUCAUCAAUCCGACACAUCAUCAAGAGAAAAUGGAAAAAUGGUUCUCUCGCUUAGCCAACUGCGUGAUGAUGAAAUCUUCGCAAUCUUAUUCACUGAACGUUAUUUUAGCGAUGCUUAAGUGUGUAGAGGUUAUUUUGAGCUAUAUCGCUCGCAUUGAACACAAUUCAUCAUCGAUGACACGAUCCUUGACGACCAUAUGGGAGGUGAUGAGUCGCCUUCGUCACAGCCAACCUUGGCAAAUUCGUUCGAUACUGGUACAAUUGUUGGGCCCAUAUUGGAGACUAGAAGUACUGGCGGCGAACAAUGAGGGGAAAGAGAAAGAUAUUUAUCAAAUGUGGAUGGACCUUAUGCAAGAUGGGGAUGAAAACGUCCGUCUCGCUGUUCUAACAAUGGUAGAGCAGCUUUGGAAUAUAGACAAGAAGCGCAAUCGUGACGAAAAAUGGAUGGAUUUGAUCUUUAUUCCAUCAGACAACGGUUUGUUGUUACGCCACGCUGCGAAAAUGGUAGUAGUCGCUUGCCACGACCGCGGCUUUGACCUUUUCUUGUACAUAAAUCAGUAUAUAUCCACACUUGAAGAUUUCUCAGAGAGUGAACUGCAGGUCCGGACCCACCCAAGGGAUAUUGCAAAGCUUCGAGCGAUCGUCACGCAUUCGAAUCUUCUGAAAUCAGAGAGUUGGGCAGUGCGCCUUUUACGAUUGACAGCAAAGCUCUUUGCAAUUCGAAAAUCGCACCCCGACCUACGGCCGUCAAUUAAACAACUUGCAUACGAUGUCGCCAUGGUCCUUCCACGUCAAAUCCUCAAUUAUAUUCAGUGGUCCAUGCUGAGAGACGACGAAGACGACGACUCGCUGGUCAUGGAGCUGUUCACCCAGUUGCAUAGUCUGCGUGUACCUGCGCAGAUCGGGCAACAGCUCCUGUGCACCGUCGACAUACCGACAGAUAACCCUCGAUCCAUGUCGACGGAUCAGCUGUUGGCAAAUCUAGCACACAUGUUGGCAGUCCCACCUCUUUUUGCCAAUAAUAUGGAUGACGAUCCCAGUACGGAGACCUUGACGAUGGCAGACAAGUUUCGACGCCGAUCACAGCUGUUCUUUGAAUUCAUCCAUGUUGUCAUUAGUGGCCUCACUGCUGAAGAUCAGGAUGCAGAGCGUUUAAGUGAUAAAACCAUGUACCACCUCCUUGUAAGCUGCGCUACAUUUCUUGGGGAUGAACGAAAACGUUGGUGCGAUGAGGCAUCACAUCGAGCGGCCGAAGCGACGCUUUCAUGUCUGCUUUCUUAUGCGAAAAAGACCGACUCUAGAAUUCAGCGCAUUCCACAUUUGGUCAAUCGUUACUCUGAACGGAUCCUGGAAGAACAUAUCAAACCGUACUUUAGGCAUGCAAAGGUGGAUGAUACUGGUCAUCGGGUAAUAGUCAAAAAAGGAACCCGGCAACCGGAGGACGAGUUAGGACGAUACUAUGAUCAGCAGCCUUGGAAAGUGGAAAAGGUGGAGUGCGUAGAAAUCUUGUCGUGGACAAUAUUGCAGUUGGAGCAUGGGCAAUUCGGCCCUCUGCAGCACCAUAUAUUUCCUGCAUUGUUGCAGUUACUUGAUGACUACGAUCCGAUCUAUAAGGCGAUCGGUGUUCGGCUGAUCCAACACGCUAUUGUUGAGAAUUCGACGCCGAUGGAUAUACGGCGAACCGGACUUGGGGACGUAUUUUUUGAGUCGCUGCUUCCAUGUUUGACAUAUCAUAGCGAUCAGCCCCUUCUCUUCGCCGCUAUUACAUGUAUUGUCGAUAUCAUUCCUGUGAUUGAAGUGAAAGAUUCUGAGGUGUACCAUGACAAGUUGGGAAAAUUGGUGGAAGACGGCAUAUUGCGGAACCUGACCUUUGCUAUCGGAGGUAAUUUUAUGGUUAUACGUGCACUAAUUCGUACGAUCCCGAAACUCGUUAGCUUGUUGGACGUUGUAGGCAUAAGAUUCCUGCAGCCGCUGCUUGGUAUCUCAUGUGAGAUCUUGGAACUACAUCAGCACGAUGUAACAACCCAACUCGCCGCUUGUGAUGCCAUCAUGGCUUUAAUGCGACAGUAUUGGCCGCGAAUUCAUGCGUAUCGUGGCUUGAUCUUGAAAUCAGCUGCACAUGCGUGGCGAGGCAUUAUGCGCGGAGAAAAAGGCCGAAAUGAUGUGGAAAACCAAGAUCUGCGUGAAGCUCUGAAAGGGAUAUGCACGCUUUUAAGAGAGAUUUGCCGGGAGUUGGUAGAGGCUGACUUCAAAUUGUUAUUGCAUAUGGAUCGCGAAAUGUAUGGAAGCUUGGUUGGGCAUUAAGGUUGUUCUUGUAUAGUAUGGUUCCUUUCAUUCUUUUGGUCCUGCACUGAUGAUUGUAAAUAUAUUAAAUAUCAUUCCAA